AUGUACGAAUUUCUAUUGCACAAAAAAUUAAAAAAAAGUGCGAGGUAGCUAGAAAUGGCGUCGCAAGUUGUUUUUUAUUCGUAAUCAAUGUGUUUCCAAUCAUUAUAUGUGAUUCCAAAAGCUAUACGUGUUGUUAAGAUAAUACUGUUCGGUACCGUCGAUGUUUAAUUGAAAAACAGUGGUUAUUUUAACGUGAUUACAUCUAUAGCUGUCGGACAAUGGCGUCGUCGCACGAAGCGAGAGUUACCCACGUAAAAGUUAGUGAAAAUCGCGAUUUCGUUGACGAUUACUGUGACUCCAGCAGCUUAGAAGAUGCCGGCGAAGGUGCUAAACGCCGUCGCACCGCGAACGACUGUAAAAAACUGUCACAACAGGGAUACGGGACAAGUAUGUCAACGGAUCCCAAACAUACAUCAAGUAUAGAAUCCAAAGGCAAAAAGCGCAAGAUCAGCGAGACAUCUAAAGAGCUUUGCAUCUGGGGAGAGAAUGCUCGUCCAUCAAAACAAAGCAAGAUAUGGCCAGUCUUCGACUCCGGAGGGUACAACAACGCUGCUGUACUCAAGCUCAACGUCCUGAAGAAGUCUCCACCAGUGAAGAACCCUCUACUCUUCAGCACGAACCUUGGAGAAGACAUAGAAUUAGCUGAAAUCAAUCGAGAUGCCUUCAAAUCUGAUUGGUACGGAGGCCUCCAUGCCUGGUGGAAGCAAACACAGAUGACAAACAAAAUGGCUGACGAUGACGUCACUAAGAAGAUAUUCUCAUCUGUUUCCCGUCAAUUGAGGAUCAUAAACACCCACUUUCAGAGGUCCAUGUGCAAAUAUAAGUAUCCCAGAGUGACGAGGCAGAAUGUACUUCUAGAGAGUUCCUCUGGAUUGAGGAGACCGGCUACCCAUUUUAACCUAUCCAUGAAAGCUAUAAGGUUCCAGUCUAAUCCAAGGAGAGAGUUGCCUUGCUACGGUAAUCUGGAACUGCCGUUGAAGAUUAAGCAGGAAAAUGUGAAUCCUCAAAUAUUUCCUUCUAUAAGGAGUGUGAAGACGGAGACUGUUGGUGAUGUGAAAGUUAAAGUGGAGAGUGACAGGGUUAAGGUGGAGAAGGAGAGAGAUAGGGAGAAGGAGAAAGAUCGAGAGAGGGAUAGGUCCUCCCACAGACACUCCUCAUCAUCAUCAUCAUCCUCCUGUCACCACUGCCGGCGCCGUGCCCGCGUCAAGCGCUGCUCCAUUGGCGUGCAGUGUCGCCGCGACCGCGCCGGAGCACCCCUGCCCAGUGACAGCUGGGGACCACUCGCUGAGAACCCGACGGUCAAGGAGCUCAAGUAUCAUAGACUGAUGCGCGUGGAGACGCACCCGAACGGCGGCGCCCGCGUGCUGUACCUGCAGCAGCGCGACGUCGACAUGCUCAGCGCCACGCAGCAGGAGGCGCUCGCCAAGGAGUUCCUUAAGCUGGUAUUCUCAGAAGACAGCGACGGCUGGGCACACUUCGUAUGCGGCGUGGUUCGCGGCGCUGCUGCCCGCUUCCCCUGCCUUCUACAGUACCUGUCUGACACACAUCCCAACCUCACUGUGAAGGCCGGAGUCCUGGCCAGAGCGUCUGACAUCGAGACCACUACUGUUAGCCGGUAUUAUCAGCAGGUGCAACAAUCAUACGCAGCCGGCACGUUCCGCAGCGGUCCCCUGCACCAGAUCUCCCUGGUGGGCACGGUGCACGAGGAGGUGGGCGGAUACUUCCCUGAUAUGCUGGACAUGCUGGGUGCCUGUCCGUUUCUUAACAUGACAAUGCCAUGGGGCCCGAUGUCUGCGGUGGACAUGGAGCCCCAGGAGUCCAACGACGGGCCCAUCCUGUGGAUCCGGCCCGGGGAGCAGCUGGUACCCACUGCUGAGCUCGGCAAGAGCCCUAUUAAGAAGAGGAGGACCGGUAUAAACGAACUCCGCAACCUACAAUACCUGCCGCGCUGGAGCGAGGCGCGGGAGUUCCUGUUCGAGGACCGCACCCGGGCUCACGCCGACCACGUCGGACACGGCCUCGACAGGAUCACUACCGCUGCUGUCGGAGUACUGAAAGCGAUCCACUGCGGCGACGAGUCGGACCGCGGCCGCAUCACGAAGGACGUGGUGGCAUUCCACGCGGCUGACUUCAACAAGCUCGUGCAGCUGCUGCAACUGGAUCUGUAUGAACCGCCGAUUUCGCAGUGUGUUACUUGGCUAGAAGAAGCUAAACUGAACCAGCUGCGUCGCGAGGGUGUGCGGUACUCGCGCCUGCCGCUGUGCUCCGACGACAUAUACUUCCUGCCCAGAAAUAUUAUACAUCAGUUCAGGACUGUUUCCGCUGUUACUUCAGUUGCGUGGCAUUUACGCCUGAAGCAAUACUACCCGACUUCGGAGGCGUCGUCCCCGGCCGACGAGCGUCCCGCUGACCCCAUACCUGUUACCAUCAACCACACUACUGAGCCUAAGAAAUCAGCAAAACACAAGGCUGGCGUGAUAGAGAUGCGAGCUCUCAGCGCCAAGUUCCACCAAAAACUGAACCAGAAGACUCCUCUCAAAGUAUCGCAAAGCAGGAAGAGCGUAGAAACACCAGUCAAACCCACAGACAAGAAGACAGACAAGUCUGACAAAUCAGAAUUAAAGUCAGACAAACUUGAAGCAAAAUCUGACAAGCUAGAUUCAAAGUCCGAUAAACAAGAAGCCAAGACUGACAGGUCGGAAGCUAAGUCUGAAAAAUCAGAACCAAAGUCUGAUAAGUCGGAAGCUAAAGUCGAUAAGUCAGAAGCCAGAUACGAUAAAUCGGAAGCCAGGGUUGAGAAAAAUGAAUUGAAACCUGAAAAGACUGUUCCGAAAACACCAGAAAAAGUUGAUGUUAAAGAGAAAAUAGAGGUCAAAGAUAAAAAUGAUUCGAAGUCUGACAAAGUGGAGCCUAAGCAUGACAGGACAGACAAGUCUGACAAAAUGGAUCCACCCAAGUCUGAAAAAUCGGAAUACAAAUCAGAUAAAUACGAACAGAAGUUUGAAAAAACGGAGCUCAAGUAUGACAAUCCCGACAUGAGGCAUGAUAGGUCUGACAGAAUGUCAGAACAGAAACCAGAGAAAACAGAAGUAAAAACUGAGAAAACAGACACGAAAUGUGACAAAGCUGACCAAAAAUCCGACAAACUGGACACGAAGUCUGACAGGACAGAGAAAUCUGACAAGAAUCACAGGCAUAAGGAUUCUGACAAACACCGCUCAGACCGGUCAGACAGGUCAGAGACAAGACAUGACAGAUCUGACAAAGACAGAUCAUCGACUGACCAUCACCGCCGUCAUUCGUCAUCAUCACGGCACAAAUCGUCUCACCACAAGUCAGACCGGCCGAGAGACCACAAAAAGGAACACAGGAGUUCUGACGACAGGAGAAAUGACAAACACAGAGAUAGGUCUGACAACAGUAGAGAUAAGUCAGACAAGAUGGCCGUUGACGUUGGCAAGUUACCAGUAGAUGUGGUACAGAGACCACCGGAUUAGAAAAAACAGUAGUUUAGAGUGGUCGUGUGAUUUCCUGAAGGAUUAUGAAUAAAAAGUACACAAGUUACUUUUAAACGAUCUUGAUCAUUUAUGAAUUGGUUCAGAGAUCUCAUCUAUUUUUUAUGUCUGAUUAGUGUGAUUGAUCAAGAUUCGAUAGAAAUUAUUGAUUAAUUUAUUGUAAACUAUCGUAUAAUAUAGUUGUUAUUUUGUUGCGUCAAAACUUUUACCGGGUAUUGGUAAUAUUAUAAAAUGCCUCGAUGCCUAUUAAUGCUGUCUUUUGACAGGUUAGGUAGUCAAAGAAUUUUGAAUUUGAUUAUCAAGUACAAAAUACAAGUUGGCGUUUUAUACUUAUUGACAACCCUGGAAUCUUGUCAUGAAACAUAUAUUUGAAGGGGCCAAACAACAUGAGAUUGCGACACAAAUCACUGACUUGCACUUCAAUAUAUUAGAAAUUUCUAGAAAAAAACUCUUGUCAAAAGGAAAAACAAUAGUUCUGAGUCCUUCAUGAAAAAACACCAAACUUUUUAGCGCUAGGUUACAAUGUAAAUAUAAUGUUUUAAGAUGCCUCUUAGAGGCUAAGCAGAGUCGGUUAAAGAAUGCAUGCGCAGUUUUAGAUUUAUUAUAACCCGUUUUUUUUUUACACAAAUUUUGGGGUUCCCAGCUCAAUAAUACAGUAAUUUUACCUGCGAUAAUUUCGUAAAUACACCUUUUUCUGAUCAAACCCUUUAUUAAACAUAUAGGUUACAUUUCAAAAUAUAGUUACACAUGAAAAGUAUCAACUGUUUUUUGUUACUAUUCCAUUCAAAACUGCCACGUAUAUUUUAUUUUCAGACUUAAAUCUUAGCAUUUAAUUAUCUCAGUUACUUUUAGUGAUAUAAUCCAAUCAUUCCCAGUGAAAAAAUAUUUCGAAAAUAAACUUUCUUUUGAUUUUCAAGAGGAAUUAAAAUGAUAUUAAAGAAGAAAGAAUUUGUAAAUAUACCUGCCAAAGUUUAAUUUCCAAAAAAUCUAAAACUGCGUCGCGUAUGUGAUUCGAGAGAGUUUUAAACGAAAACGUAAAUGAAAGAAUAAUAUUAAUAAAUUAAAUUAAUUUAAAUUCUAAGUAAAUAUAAAUUUAUUCACACAUAUUUCUAAAAAUUGCACUAGAGAAGUAAAUUAUAUAUUAUUAUUCUGAUAGACUAAACUGUCUGACACCAAAGUUUUAAUGAUAUUUCACUGCGGUAUUCGGUAUUCUGACCCGUAUUAAAAACGUAUUUUUACGGUGGCAGGUAAAUAUACUACCUUAAAUUGACCCCUAGGUCAUAAAAAGUCUACUAAAAAAGGGGCAUUAAAUUAUGGAGAUCAUGAUAAUAUUUAAUUACGCAUACCUUUUUACCCGAAUGCCAAGAAAUAAAUAUUUAAAAUAAAUGAAAAAUUUUCUUAGUACCGCAUAUGGCAGGGUCAUGAAACAAUUUGGUGGCAGACAUUAUAUUUGAGGUUAUUUCUCAAAUAACUGAAUGAAUUCUAUUUUGGUAUGUUUCAUUAUGUGACCACUAAACAUCUAUAUUUUUCGAUUACAUUGGUUUAUAAGAGUCAUUUUCUUUUAAAUCAUCAGGAAAAUAAACCAUAUUAAAAAGUAUUCAGAACUCCAAAGUCAGGGGUAAAAAACAAUGUCCGAUUAAUUUUUCGAUAUCAAGAAAUAUUGGUCCCGAUUUUUCCCGAAUAAAAAUGAGGUGGUCACAUCAAUUUAACAAAGUCCAGUUUACAAUUUUAAAUGACAUAGUGUUGAGAUUUCGUUAUUAAAGUAUUUUCGCCUCCAUAGCUUCUUAUUUUAUUAUAUGAACGUUACAAUAACAUAAUAAAUAAAAUAUAUAUCUUUCUAUGUGGUGCGGACUAAGUAAUAUGUUUUACAAACCGAUUUCAGGCUUUACAGAUUUUGAACAGCAAAUCUGUUGAUUUAUUAUGAAAAGGUCUAUUUAGGCUCUGGUUUUGAGAAAAGUUUCACCAAAGAGAAACUACAUACAAUUUUUCACUUAUAAUACCACAAGAGCUUCAAAAUUAUCGGGUAUUUUCCGAUAGGUUCGUUGCAAACAAAUGAAGGAGUCAAGUUUUUCAGGUUAAAAAAUAACGAGCGCGAAGCGCGAGUGAUUUUUCCUGAAAAACUUGACGACUUUAUUUGUUUGCAGGGAACCUUGAGGGAAAUGCCAGAUAAUUUUGAAGCUCGUGUGGUAUUCGGGGGAUUAUUUUUCCGUCCCAAAUGUCGGCCACAACCUGUCAGUUUGACGUAGCAACGACCAGAGAAAAUAUUCAAAAAAAAAUAUCAGUAUAAUACCAUGUAGGUUGUACCACGUGACGUCGAAUGGUGCAAUUCUAUUGGUCGAUAUUUGGGUCGGAAAAAUAAUCAUAAAAAUUAUUUUACUUUUGUUAAAAAAAAUGUAGUUUACCGUAGUUCGCACCUCCAACCCGAUAAAAUACAGCAAUAAAAAUAGUGACUUGUCCGUAAAAUGCCCUAAUUGUCUGUUACUUAGAUGAUGACAGUAUUAUUAAUGUUUAUAGCGAAUUCUAGACGAACUUAGCAGGCUUAUCCUAACUUAGGAAAGCUAACAAACUUAUAUGUGACUUAUGACCCAAUUUUACUUAUUUUGUAAAAGCGACAUCUAUUGUUGUUUAUAAAAAGUGUAUUUCAAGAUGGCGCUGGAUUCUCCCGCGUAUUUUUGUUCUGAAUAGGUUAUUCGGAUUGCAAGUCUGUUUUGAAAUUAAUCAAAAUUAUUAUUAUUCAGAAAGUUUACUAAACACAAUAUUGUAACCACUAUUGUUUUAGACCGGUAACAUGUAACUAGCGAUCGGAAAUUUUCUCUUUUGCUUCAAAUCAUAAUUCCGGAUACGAAAUCAAAUUCCUGAAGUGAAAGCUUGUACUUACGACAAUAUUAGACAUUUAAAUAAAACUACUUUUACCCAGUUUAUCGCGGUUAUAUUAAUAUUAUUUAAUCCCGACGUUUUCCUUCCGAUCCUUUUCAGCAUCCAUGGUCACUCGUGUCCUUAUCCGUGUAGUUUUAUUUAAAUAUAAGAACGUCUGUUAGCUUCAAAUUAUUAAUUAAAUAUUGUGUUUAGACAACUUUCUGAAACCAGAUACAAGUUUUGCUAAUUAAAGUUGGAAAAAAAAAGAAACAAUGUAAAUACCACGUCAAAUUUCAAAGGACUUACAUUAUAUUUUGCGCAAACUUUUAUUUCGUAUAGUUGGUUUUUUAUUAAGAAAAGAAAAUAAGAAAAGUUUUGUUUAUUUAAGUUGGCCCAGCUUGUUCGCGAUCGAAUGUACAUUUUGUAUAUUUUAUACUGUAUAGGUUAAGUGUUACGGAAUAAUUUGUGUCUAAGUUUACUUAUGGAAAAUUUACUUUUUAUUAUUAAGAAAAGUCAAUUAAUUGACUCACUGCAUAAUAAGAAUCUUUUGAGGGAAAUGGAAGAAUUUUAGAGCUAUUAAUUUUGGAAUCUUUUUCAUAAUAAAUUGUACUUUUAAAUGUAUAUUUUCCAUAAGUAGACAUAAUCAGACAAGAGGUAUGAAAACUCAAAGGGCUGCUAAUCCAAAAGACAUUCAAGUGUUGUAAUUCGUAUUGUAAUAAAAUUUUACAAUAACUACAAGUAAUUUGAUGCCUUUGAGUGAUCAGAGUUGUCUCUGAAAUUGUUUUUUUUUAUUAUUACUUAAGAGUUUCUUUUAACACAUCAAGUUGUGUUAAUUUCUAUCGUAAAGUGAAUGAGGGUAAAUAUUUUUGAGUCAAAUGUUCGUCAGAUGAGAGUCACGGCAAAUUAAAUCGUAUGAAAGAGUAUGACAAUCUUGCCUUAUAGAUUAUAACAUCAAAACUUGAUGUCAAUUGCAACUUACUAUUUGCGUCGCUAGAUGGCGUUGAUGUAAUACGGUUAUUUGUCUAGCCGUUUUGUAAACUGUCGAAUCUGUUUUCUGGCAUCUAAUGACUGGCUUUGAAUGUCUCAAGUCUGACCGCAGACGCUAAUGUGAUUGAUAAAUAUUUAACAUAUUUAUGUUUAGGUGGUUAAUUUAUUGUUUCACGUUCCCUAUAUUUUUUUGAAAAUAAUAAUUAGACUAUAAAUAGA